UCCGAGCACCGCCCGAGACGGCCACAUCACUACGCGGUGUGCAAUUUCAACACCUUAUCACAAAACAGCUCAUGUGCUUUUAAAGCGCAUGCAGCUCCCCAAAAGUGGCAAUCGAUAAAUUAUUGUUUCUACAUGAAGCCCCUUGUCCACACACGCUCUUCAUGAUAUCGUAGACGUUUUUACAUUUAAUUUAUUAUUUUCUAUAAUUGAGCCAGUUGACUGCCGCUCGUGAUUGCAGCGGUCCUUUUUCUCCAAUCGGACGCGAGCUUAAGCACUUCCCCUCUCAUCACCACAACUGCUCUGGUUGAAGUCAGCCACAACCCGUUUGAUCAGUUGAAGAGACCCGACUGACUGCGUCGCUAUGGGGUACGGACGGUCGGACAGCUACCGCGUGGCUACCACGCAGGACAACAAGGAUGUCAAGGAGUCGCCCAAGAAAGGGGCCAAGGGAGGGAAAGACUUAGAUGAACUGAAGAAGGAAGUACCACUGACGGAACAUAAGAUGUCUAUAGAGGAAGUUUGCCAGAAAUUCAGCACUGACAUUGUGCAGGGUCUGACCAACGCCAAGGCUGCAGAGUACCUGGCCCGCGACGGGCCCAAUGCCCUGACCCCUCCGCCCACCACCCCAGAAUGGGUGAAGUUCUGCCGGCAGCUGUUCGGCGGCUUCUCCGUCCUGCUGUGGAUCGGAGCCAUCCUCUGCUUCCUGGCCUACGCCAUCCAGGCCGCCACCGAGGAUGAGCCCGCAGGGGACAAUUUGUAUUUGGGUAUCGUGCUCUCCGCUGUGGUGAUCAUCACUGGCUGCUUCUCCUACUUCCAGGAGGCCAAGAGCUCUAAGAUCAUGGAAUCCUUCAAGAACAUGGUGCCCCAGCAAGCCCUGGUGAUCCGUGAGGGGGAGAAACUGCAGAUCAACGCUGAGGAGGUGGUGGCUGGAGACCUAGUGGAGGUCAAGGGCGGAGACAGGAUCCCCGCUGACCUGCGCGUCGUCUCUGCUCACGGCUGCAAGGUUGACAACUCUUCUCUGACUGGUGAAUCAGAGCCCCAGACCAGGUCACCUGAAGGUACCCAUGACAACCCUCUGGAAACCCGUAACAUUGCCUUCUUCUCCACAAACUGUGUUGAAGGUACUGCUCGUGGUAUUGUGAUCUGCACCGGCGACCGCACCGUCAUGGGCCGUAUUGCCACGCUGGCCUCAGGCCUGGACACGGGCAAGACGCCCAUCGCCAAGGAGAUUGAGCACUUCAUCCACAUCAUCACGGGCGUGGCCGUCUUCCUGGGCCUCUCCUUCUUCAUUCUGGCCGUCUUCCUGGGCUACUCCUGGUUGGAGGCCGUCAUCUUCCUCAUUGGCAUCAUUGUGGCCAAUGUGCCCGAGGGCCUGCUGGCCACUGUCACCGUGUGUCUGACCCUGACUGCCAAGCGUAUGGCCCGUAAGAACUGCCUGGUGAAGAACCUGGAGGCCGUAGAGACACUGGGCUCCACCUCCACCAUCUGCUCCGACAAGACCGGCACCCUGACUCAGAACCGCAUGACGGUGGCCCACAUGUGGUUCGACAACCAGAUCCACGAGGCCGACACCACCGAGGACCAAUCUGGCGCCUCGUUCGACAAGAGCUCUGGGACAUGGGUGGCCUUGGCACGCGUGGCUGCCCUCUGCAAUCGCGCCUCGUUCAAGGCCGGCCAGGAUACUCAGCCCAUCUUGAAGCGCGAUGUGGCCGGCGACGCAUCCGAGUCUGCCCUGCUCAAGUGCAUCGAGCUGUCCUGUGGCUCCGUCAAGGCCAUGAGGGAGAAGAACAAGAAGGUGGCCGAGAUCCCAUUCAACUCCACCAACAAAUAUCAGCUGUCCGUGCACGAGACCGAGGAUGAGAACGAUAACCGCUACCUUCUGGUGAUGAAGGGCGCCCCUGAGAGGAUCCUGGACCGCAGCUCCACCAUCAUGCUGCAGGGCAAGGAGCAGCCCAUGGAUGAGGAAUUGAAGGAGGCCUUCCAGAACGCCUACCUGGAGCUCGGAGGACUGGGAGAGAGAGUGCUGGGCUUCUGCCACUUGCUGCUUCCUGAGGACCAGUUCCCCAAGGGCUUUGCCUUUGACACCGACGACGUGAACUUCCCCACGGAGAACCUCUGCUUUCUGGGCCUGAUGUCCAUGAUCGACCCGCCCCGCGCUGCCGUGCCAGACGCCGUGGGCAAGUGCCGCUCCGCCGGCAUCAAGGUCAUCAUGGUGACGGGCGACCACCCCAUCACAGCCAAGGCCAUCGCCAAGGGCGUGGGCAUCAUCUCCGAGGGCAACGAGACGGUGGAGGACAUCGCCGCCCGCCUCAACAUCCCAGUCAGCCAGGUCAACCCCAGGGAUGCCAAAGCAUGUGUGAUCCACGGCUCAGACCUGAAGGACCUGUCCCAGGAACAGAUGGACGAUGUGCUGAAGAACCACACAGAGAUCGUGUUCGCCAGGACUUCCCCUCAGCAGAAACUCAUCAUCGUGGAGGGCUGCCAGAGACAGGGUGCUAUCGUAGCUGUCACUGGUGAUGGUGUGAAUGACUCCCCCGCACUGAAGAAGGCUGACAUCGGCGUUGCCAUGGGGAUCUCCGGCUCAGACGUGUCCAAACAGGCUGCCGACAUGAUUCUGCUAGAUGACAACUUCGCCUCCAUCGUCACUGGAGUGGAGGAGGGCCGUCUGAUCUUUGAUAACCUGAAGAAGUCCAUCGCCUACACCCUGACCAGCAACAUCCCAGAGAUCACGCCCUUCCUCUUCUUCAUCAUCGUCAACAUCCCACUGCCCCUCGGCACCAUCACCAUCCUCUGCAUCGACCUGGGCACUGACAUGGUGCCAGCCAUCUCCUUGGCCUAUGAAAUAGCAGAGAGCGACAUCAUGAAGCGCCAGCCCAGGAACCCCCUCAGGGACAAGCUGGUGAACGAGAGGCUGAUCAGCAUCGCCUACGGACAGAUCGGUAUGAUUCAGGCCUUGGGAGGUUUCUUCGCUUACUUUGUGAUUAUGGCAGAAAAUGGCUUCCUCCCCUCUCUAUUGGUGGGCUACAGGCUUCCUUGGGAUGACCGCUAUAACAAUGACCUGGAAGACAGCUACGGACAGCAGUGGACGUAUGAGCAGAGGAAGAUUGUUGAGUUCACUUGCCACACCGCCUUCUUCGUCAGCAUCGUGGUGGUGCAGUGGGCUGACCUGAUCAUCUGCAAGACCCGCCGGAACUCCGUCUUCCAGCAGGGCAUGAAGAAUAAGAUCCUGAUCUUUGGCCUGUUUGAGGAGACAGCCCUGGCUGCGUUACUGUCCUACUGCCCCGGCAUGGACGUGGCCCUCAGGAUGUACCCACUGAAGCCUAGCUGGUGGUUCUGCGCAUUCCCUUACAGUUUCCUUAUCUUUGUUUACGACGAGAUCCGAAAACUCCUCUUGCGUCGGAACCCAGGAGGUUGGGUCGAAAGGGAGACAUACUAUUAAAUUAUCAUUCAUUUAUUACUCUUCACAUCCCCCCUGCCUCCUUUCUUUCCUCCUCCUUCUUAUGCAUCCAUUCCACCUUCUCUCGAUCUGUCUCUCUUGUCCUCCCCUCCCCUGUCCCUCUCAUCACUCCUUCAUGUAAGGGAACCCCACUUUAGAAAUCUUCCCCUUGGUCUUGCCCCCCCCCCCCCCCCCUUCCUCCAGAGAAAACCUGCCAAGAGAACGAGGGGACCAACGACGGAGGUGGAGGAACGCCGUGGGAGGGACGGGUCGCCGCCCGUACCCACCCUCCCUCCAUCCCUCCCGUCUUUUUUUAUUUUCUUUUUCUACCCAAAGACUUACAGCGUAAUCUGCCAGUACUGUUGUUACGUCUCCGAUACUGUUAUUCUUAUUACUGACAACUGUGGCUAUCGUACACUGCCUCUGUGCCCGGUCAAGCCGGUGUUACUUCUUACGCCCUUAUCCGCGGCAGCUUUGUCUAGACCCACUGCCCCCCGCACCCCCUCCCACCUGCCCCUUUCUGUCUUGGUGACGAUGCCCACCACACACAUUUCACCACACCCCUCCCAGCCUAUCCCACUCUCUCUAUCUCUCUCUUUUCAUCCCUUCUCUCUUUUUCCUCUCAGUCCUUCGUUCCACCCCCUUCCCUUGCUACUGUACACCCAUCCGAGAAACAGAGAGAUCAAACUGCUGACACCAUGAAAACCGUCGCACGCUCACACUCUCUUCACAAGUUGGAAAAAAUGACAACCCUCUUUCUCUCCUUCUGCAUCCCCCUCUUCUGCUACUCUUCCCUCUCCUUACCUCCUCCUCGUAUCCCUUGCUCUUUCUCUCUUGUCUGUUUUGUCGGCUGCCGUGUUGGUGUAUUUUAAUAGACGACUGAGUGUUUUUUUAAUACUGCCAUUGGGUGCUCUCUUCAGUUUUUUUUACAUGUUCCCUGGUAUUUUUCCGUCAGGAGUGAGCAUGAGAGCUGCCUGUUCUUUUCUCCCCUUCUUCGACCAUGACAAAGCACACCUGGCACCCCAUCUCACUCUUUUUCUCUCUCACUCUUUCUCUCCCUCUCCCCUCCCUCGCUCUCUCUCCUGCACUACCCCUUCUAGCCUGCUUCUUCUUCUCUCUCUCCGUCCGUCUGGCCCUGUCUGUCUGUCUGUUUGUGAACAACGUGCAAAAAACCCUCCCUCCCUCCCUCCUGCCUCUCCUGUCCCCCCACUUCCCCCUCCCCAACCCCUGUUGAAAAGAAAAAAAUUACAAUCUCUCUGUGUCCUAGGAAAAAGAGAUUUCUCUCCAAUUUCAUUAUUUAACGAAGCGAAGAUGUGGAAUAAGGUGUUGUACCUUACAUGCGAAACAGCAGCAGCAGCAAAAAAAAUGAAAUAAAAAGAAGGAUCUCUCUUUUUCA